ACGAGGCGAACCUCGCUCGGAAAACACGCUGGAAGCUGCACGCUUUUUCGUAGGGCUCGGUGUUGCUGUGUGAGAGUUACAGUUUUCGUAGGCAAGAAUGGCCAAAGAUUUCAAGCCGGGGGAUCUGAUUUUCGCAAAGAUGAAGGGCUAUCCUCAUUGGCCCGCCCGGAUUGAAGAAAUGUCUGAUGGCGCUGUAAAAUCAUCUAGCUUCAAAUUUCCCAUUUUCUUUUUUGGUACUCAUGAGACGGCUUUUUUGGGACCAAAAGACAUAUUUCCCUACCUGCCCUUUAAGGACAAAUAUGCCAAACCAAACAAACGGAGGGGUUUUAAUGAAGGUCUCUGGGAAAUUGAAAACAACCCCAAGGUUGAGCUAAAUGGCAGUAAGAUGAGGCAAGUGAAUAAGGGUUCUAACGGUCUUGAGCCUGAGGAUGAUAGUGAUGACAAGAUGGGACAGUCAUUGGAAACAAAAAAUACAGCAAGGAAAGAUUUGGAAAAAGAAGGUUCCAAGAGUCCCUCAGGUUUAUCUGAUCAAGGAAAUGAGGCGGGAAAACCCAAACGCAACGGCAGGAAGCCCACAGCAGAGAAGUCAUCUUGCCAUGCGCAGGAAGUCUCCCAUGAACACCACAGAAAUGAAAUGGACUCCACAGAGACUAGCAGAGGUCGGAAGGCGACGGCAAGAGAAGGGAAACUAACUGGCAGAAAAAGGAAAGCUGAAAAUGUGGAGCAUGAGGAGUCCAAGGAGCCAGAUGCAAAGCGAUGGAAGAAUUCCAAGGGAACUUCAUCAGGUUCUGAGGAUGAUGAGAAGCACAACAAGAACUUGGUGGCCAGAACAAAGUCUAAGCAAGCAUUGAUGGAGGUGGACAGGGAUGACGAGAACAUUGCUGAGCAGAACAAACACGUCAGAAACAAUCUGGACAAACGGAAGAUGGAUAUUAAAAAAGAUUCAACAGAUACAAGGUUGCAGAAGCUACAUGCAGAGAUCAAAAUAUCACUGAAGAUUGAUAAUCCUAAUGUGAGGAAAUGCCUGGUAGCCCUCGAAGAGCUGAGCUCACUGCAAGUCACCAUUCAACAGUUGCAGAAGCACAGUGAGCUCAUUGCCACCCUCAAAAAGAUUCGCAGAUUCAAAGCCAGCCAGGAUGUCAUGGACAAGGCCACCAUGCUUUACAACAAGUUCAAAACAAUGUUCCUAGUUGGAGAGGGGGACACAGUCAUCAGCCAGGUGCUGAGCAGGUCCCUUGCAGAGCAGCGACAGCAUGAGGAGGCCAGAAAGGAGGCUCUGAAGAAGACUGAGCAGACUAAAGAUCAGGGCAUUGAACAAAUGGAGGUGAACGGUGAUUCGAACCCUGGUGAGCUGAAAGCACCACAGCAGGAAUGCAACGGAGACCUUCCCCCUGACGCUGCCGUUGAGGAGCACAGCAAGUGACAGAGCACCCUGCUUGUGGACCUACACGCAGUAGUGUGUGUGUGUGAGACUUCUGUGGUGCUGUCACGUGAUAUCUUUUCACAUAACGAGUUUCUACUGCUGUUCUGGCAAAAUGUUGAUGUCGUCAAAUUUUAUUUGGUCUCUUGUUUCAAAAAAGAUGACAGUUUAAAGGUUGACCUGAUGUUGGGGUUCUGGAAAAUUUAAAGAAAAGAGGGGGGGAAAAAAAGGGUUGGUUACAUUUGCAUUUUCAAAAGACAUUUGUUCAUAAUUUGUUUCCUGCCUUCUUAAUCUUUUCUGUCUUGAUCCUCCUGUGGAGAAGUUCUAAAAUGUUUCUUUCUAGACUAUUAGUCCGUAAAAGUUUUGUCCCCCAUUCUUAUGGUUCAGUACUAACAAGUACAAGUGAUGCAGUUCUUAAGCUCUGUCAGCAUCACGGUUUCAUCCAGAUAACUUCCCUCCUGUUCAUAUUAGCUGAUAAGGAAAAUCCCAGUAUUAAACUGGUGUUGUGUUAUUUUAGAGAAGUUCUGUUCAGUGCUCCUGGGAAGGGGCUUGUACCUUUUUCACUGUGAAGAAUGUUCUCAUGUUCAGAGUGUUCGAGUUGUGGCAAACUUUUGUUGACCUCAUUUUAAAGUGAAUCUUUGUGUUUUCUGGGUAAUAUAAGCGCUGUUAAACACUGAACAUCCCAUAGAUGUAUAUUUUUGAUAAUGUGUAAACAUGAAACGUUUUAUUAAUUUCCUGUCAGUGUAUUCUUUUUUUUUGAGAUAGAUACUACUUGUUUUUAGUCAAUUUGUGUUGUCCCUAAUUAACUGUUUUAUAUACCUCCCCCAACCAGU